AUCUACUAACAAAGGUUAUGUGGUACCUGAACAUGAUCAUGGCAGAAUCACCGGGCCUCGUCACCAUCUGUCUUUUAGGAUAUCUUCUCAGUGCUGAAUGUACAGUUUUUCUUGACCGUGAAAAUGCCACCAAAAUUCUCCAUCGGCCAAAGAGGUACAAUUCAGGCAAACUGGAAGAGUUUAUUCCAGGGAACCUUGAGAGAGAAUGUAAAGAAGAAAAAUGUAGUUUUGAAGAAGCACGAGAAGUUUUCGAAAACACUGAGAAAACUACUGAAUUUUGGAAGCAAUAUGUUGAUGGAGAUCAGUGUGAGUCCAAUCCAUGUUUAAAUGGCGGCAUGUGCAAGGAUGACAUUAAUUCCUAUGAAUGUUGGUGUCAAGCUGGAUAUGAAGGAAAGAACUGUGAAUUAGAUGCAACAUGCAGCAUUAAGAAUGGCAGAUGCAAGCAGUUUUGUAAAAGGGACACAGACAACAAGGUGGUUUGUUCCUGUACUGCUGGAUACCAACUUGCAGAAGACCAAAAGUCCUGCGAACCAGCAGUGCCAUUUCCCUGUGGACGAGUCUCUGUCUCACAUACUUCUAAGAAGCUCACCCGUGCUGAGACUAUUUUUUCCAAUAUGAACUAUGAAAAUUCUUCUGAAGCUGAAAUAAUUUGGGAUAAUGUCACUCAAGGCAACCAAUCAUUCGAUGACUUCAAUCGUGUGGUUGGUGGAGAAGAUGCUGCAAGAGGUCAAUUCCCUUGGCAGGUCCUUUUGCAUGGUGAAAUUGCUGCGUUCUGUGGAGGUUCCAUUGUUAAUGAAAAAUGGGUUGUAACUGCUGCCCACUGCAUCAAGCCUGGUGUUAAAAUUACUGUUGUUGCAGGUGAACAUAACACCGAGGAGCCAGAACCUACAGAGCAAAAGCGAAAUGUGAUCCGUGCUAUUCCUUACCACGGCUACAACGCAUCUAUUAAUAAGUACAGCCACGACAUUGCCCUCCUGGAGCUGGAUGAACCCUUCAAGCUAAAUAGCUAUGUAACCCCUAUUUGCAUUGCUGACAGGGAAUACACGAACAUCUUCCUCAAAUUUGGUUACGGUUAUGUGAGUGGCUGGGGCAAAGUCUUCAACAGAGGGAGGUCAGCCUCAAUUCUUCAGUACCUGAAAGUUCCACUUGUUGACCGAGCCACGUGUCUUCGAUCCACGAAGUUCACCAUCUACAGCCACAUGUUCUGUGCCGGCUACCAUGAGGGAGGUAAAGAUUCCUGCCAAGGAGACAGCGGGGGACCCCAUGUCACCGAAGUGGAAGGCACCAGUUUCUUAACUGGAAUUAUUAGCUGGGGUGAAGAGUGUGCAAUGAAAGGGAAAUACGGCAUAUAUACCAAGGUGUCCCGGUAUGUCAACUGGAUUAAGGAAAAAACAAAGCUCACGUAAAGGAAAAUGUAUUUCCAAGGCUGACAUAUUUGGAAUUGAACAUGGACAAGGUCCUUUACUAACUAAUCACUUUCCCAUCUCUUUAGAUUUGAGUGUAUACCUUCUAUGAAUAUUCCUUUUUCUCUUUAUGGGGAGAAGUCUAGCUAGACUUCAUAUUUUACUAGAAUAAGUAGAUAAGAAAAUGUAAUCACUGGAGAAACAUAUUGUGGUGGGAAAUUGUGGCCAUUCCUUCAGGUCCAGCCCUUGACCAAAUUGUGAAGUUAAGUUCUUAAUCUUGCCCGUCAGGCAUUGUAGUUCUCCACUGGGGCAACUCACUGCUCCUCUGUCCUUAGCAGCAAUCCACAUGCCAGAUCUUUCUUACAUCCCCCACCAAGUUAAAAUUUAUUGGAUCCGUAUCCAGGAUAUUUGGUCUAGUCCAUCAAAAGGCCAGCCCCACAUUCAUCCAGGAAGAACAUAGGAGCAGCUGAGAGAUUAAAAGUCAUGGGAAACACUACUUCUUUUUCAGUACCCUUAUUCCUGCAUCCUUUAUCCUUUCCACCUCCUAAUCCCCAAAUCACUUUCUCUCUUUCUCUCCCCUUUUCCCUACAUAGGCAUUAAAGGAGGGGAAGGAGGCAUUGUACUGUUUUACUGCUGUGCACCUAUCAACCCCAGACUUGCUCUCAGUUUGGUCUUGAGCCUCCUUUUCAUCACACAGAAAUAAGUAAGGUGCCUGAUCUUGGAGGAAAAGUUCCUCUCAGACAGUCACAUUAUUAAAAUCAUACAUAAUGGAAGGAAUGACCCAUCAGAAUAGUUUCCUAUAGACUUGUAAUUGUGUUGUUAUGGAGGUUUGACUAGACAUGGUUCCAUGAAGGCAAACGGCCAUGUCAUUAUAACCAAGAAAACUGACAUAUAGCAAGGUGAGCUGACACUUGUCAGAACAGUUUGCAAGUAGAGCAAAUAGUGUCUUCAAGAAAACUCAUUGGUGUGUCUCCAGUGUUGUUCAGGGCUAAGGAAGAAAUUGCUCAGACCAGAAAACACGAGCAUCAUGCCUCCUCAAUUGGCAUAUCACCACAGUGGAGAGGGCUGCACCAGGCUUACAGACAUGUAUCGUUCCCAUGAGCCAGCGAACUCCCUUUUGCUGGUUCCAUGCUCACCAGGCCACUUUUUAAAAUUAUAAUUAGGCCUUCUAUAUUAUAUUCUCUAGAGGGUUAUUGACCAGCCAACAUAUCAAUCAAUCACAUCAAUAUUUUGAUCUAUUAGACUAUUUCCCUUUGUGAAUUAAACUGAUGUUCUGAUUCACACCUUGGCUUUUCAUUAAUUUGGUUGAUGUGAAUAAUUUACCCUGCAUGUGAUUACAUGUGGAACUACUGACAACACCAUGUUUUGGACCACUUUGACCCAACCACGUUGCUGCUGCCCCUGCCCUCAUCUUACUCCCAUCCAGGCCUCACACUUGCUGAUUUCUUUCAACUUACUCUCAUUAAUCCCUUUUUUCCUUGAGUUUUUCAAAUACAAGUAUCAAUAAAUGUAGUUUUCAAUUCCUCAAAAA